AUGUCAUUAGCGCUCUACAAACACAUUCUACGCCACGGGGACAGACGCACGUAUCCGCAAAAGGGCAGUUCUGUGCUGGUACACUAUACUGCAGCCUUUAAAAACGGGAAGGUAUUCGACUCGACGCGCUUCACCAACAAGCCAAUCAGCUUCAAAGUUGGGAUAAACCAAACAAUCCGGGCAUGGGACAUAGCUAUCCCGACAAUGUCUGAGGGAGAGCACGCCAUCCUCCAGGUCCCAGCAGAAUUCGGGUAUGGGCCCAGAGGACUUUUCGAGAUAGUCCCACCCAACACAGACUUGAUCUACGACAUACAUCUGGUCAAGGUACUCCACUGA